AUGAAUUCAACAACGAUCUCCCCAGACGCAUCACCGGCACUUUCUUCCAGGGAGAGUUCUACGCCUCCAAAUCCUCACUCGGAUUUUUACUCUUCAGAUCAUGUUCCUAAAUCUCCCCGUUCGCCCUCACCUUCUUCCUAUCUUGGUUCCCUUCCUUCGCCAACUGAUCCAUCUCUUACUUCUCUAACUCGCGCGCUCUACUCCCGCCUGGCGAACAAUGUGCCUAAAAAAGAAAACAAAGGGGAAGAAAAGGAUAAAACAUGGCACAUAUUUGUUGGAGAGCCGACAAAGUUGAUAAGCGUUAGUGAAUUCUUGGAAAAUUGUAUGAGAACAUUAGAAGCAGAGACCGAGAUCAGCGUGGAAGAAGAGAGCAUGGGAAUGAAUAACGCUUUUAGUAAUCUUUGGUUAUAUAUUAAUCAAAUAUGUGAUCUCGGUGGACUUGGUUUUUUGAUGGUUUCAGGAGAGGUCCAGGAACAUUUGAAAACCUCAACUAGUUUCUUUGCCGAUGCAACAUUGUUUUAUCUCCUACGUGAACAUCAUUCAUUACACGACGACGAUAUUGGACAAUCUGGACAGUCUGAAGGCGGUCUUCGAAAACGGUCACGAGGUGGAGGGGGUGAGAAGGAAGGAAACGAGAGGCGAAAGGAGAAAAAACUUAAACGAGUCCCGCCUGCCGUUGCUGCUGUCAUAAGGGUCGAAAACAAUUUGGGGAGCUUGUCUACAAGUGAAAGCGAUAUUGUAUCUACUUCCAUCUGUAUCCCAACGGCUGCCACCACUAAUAAUACCAAUACUGCUACUUUCUCACCAACCACAUUGGGACAAUCCCGUGCGACCUCCCACACGAAUUCUUCCACUUUACCCACUUCAAUCGGUUCACUUGUCUUGCCUCCGUUAAGUUCAACCGCCGACAACAAUACGAAUUUCAGUGAAGAAGGGACGGUUUCGACGUCUACACAUGUUGGAAAUCGGGUUGCGGAGGAUCAGAGGGGAAUGACUGUGAAUAAUAGUACGAAUGGGGCUAUAACCACAAUCACAUCUGGUCCUACACGACCCAAACCCACUAGCCUAGAGUUGCAAUUCUGGGAAAUGGCUGGGAUGUUGGAUAACAGUAUAUUGGCUAGUUUGAAGGAAGAAAAUAGAGUAAAACUUGAAAAAAAGCGACCAGAUUUGAAUUUUGUGUCAACUGAGAAGGCUCGCAUAUCAACACAUCAAACCUUGCCGAUAACGAAACCUGAAGUAGUACUCUCUGUCGCAUUCUACGAUCAUCAUAAUCCAGCUUCGCGCAUGCAAGAAUUCCUCGUACUCGGUAGUCAACCGUUAACUGCUCUCAAAGAUGCUUUUUAUUGUUUAAAAGAUUUUUAUUCGGCUGAAACUGAGAAAUCCGCUUCCAGCUAUUUCUUAAUCGAAAAUACGUUUUACAAUGACCUUCGAGAUGAGGGCGUUCAAGAUUAUAGCAAAACAAUAAUAGACUGGCUGAGCCAUCAGAGCGAAGAAACCAAAGCAAAACUGGGCCCAUACCGGAGUAACACAAUGCACGAAACCAAAUUUGAAGAAUUGACAAUAAGACUGAACCAACCAUAUCUGUUCUGUCAUCGGGGCGAUUGUCAGCAUGCUUUGAUAUUUAGGGAUUUGCGAUUAUUACAUGAUGGGGACGAGCAAGAUUAUAAUGCAUAUCCCAAGGCUGUCUUUCGAUGUAAGAUUUCGAGGAGUAAAUGCAAAAUGUGUCUCCAACGACCGGCUCAAUUCACUACGUUGAAUGACUACCUGUCCGGUGAAUGUCCAGCCUACUUCUGUGAGACAUGCUAUAAUCAAUUUCAUUAUGAUGAAAACGGGACACUGCUCUAUGACAGUUUCCAGGUCUUCCCAUACGUACACGAAUAA